AUGCCUCCCCGACCCGGCCCUGUAUCGACCUUUCAACGUGAGCGCGCGGCUUUCAUCUUCGGUUUGGAGACGCAGGCGAGGAUUCUGAGGGCGGAUCCCCAGGCUGGUGAGAUUGUUGCUGAGAGUCUACGUGAGCUUGUUGGUAGUGUUUAUCGGCUUAAGGAUGCUUCUAUGACUAUGGCUGCUGAUGCUCGUGGCAAUGCUUAUGUGCAGGCUAAACCGUACGGGUUUUAUAGCUAUAACGUGCCGCGUAUGUGCAAUGAUCUUGUUGCUAGUUUGUUGCACUGGGCGGAUAUUCUUGUUAAUACUGAUGGACGGGGGACGGAUGGGAUUGUUGUUGGUUCUAUUGAGGGGAUGUUAGCUUCUUUAGGGUUUUGA